AUGAGCGACCCAUUGCCAGCGACGACGACGUCAGAUCUCUCCCCCAGCCCUCCCGAUCGAUCACAAGAUACAGAAGGCGGCUCCCCACCCCGCAAGCGACCUAGAACCCGAGCUCCUCCUCGAGCUGCAACCUCGAGCGCAAGCGCAAAUGCAGAGACGCCAACCUUCGCACCACAGCCCACAUCUUCCGGACCACCGCCCGUCGCAACCCCCUCAGAAGUUCAUCGCUUCUCUAUACAACCGCUCAAUCGCUUCCGCGGUGCCUCAGCCAGCAUCAAGCGCCCUCGCGAAGUUGCUCAUUUCUCCUACGAUAACAACCACGAAUACCAGGAAGACGAGUCUGGCAUUAGCUACUAUAUCCCGCCGCCCCUGGGCGCAGAUAUGAAGGAAGGCUUCGAGUCGUUUAGGCAUUAUGAGGAUAAGGAGGAUCCGCAUCUUGACAGCUUGCUCCAGGCAUUGGCGAGCAGGGAGAGACAGGAAGGAAGGGAGAAGAAGGCGCAAGGUGACUUUGUGACCUGGAGAGGUAUGAUGACGAAGGUACGCACUAACAGCUCCCAGAUAAUGACCGCUCCCUUUGACAACUUCGCCGAAUUCAGCAUGUUCGCAACCCUCCACGACGGCACAAUCUACAUCGAAGAAGACUUCCCCUCGCGAGCCGCAGAUCGCGCCGCAGAAUCCUCGCGUCCACCCCAACGGAACCAGCACCCAGAUCAACAGUCUCGAGAGAUGAUGACAUACUGGGGUUACAAGUUCGAAACGCUCUCCCUGAUUCCCACGCCACCAGCCACCACCCCACGCGAGGAGAUUGCGAAACACCAAAGAAGCGUGGUAUCGAAUCACGCACAACAUUGCUCAAUCGUCGGCACAUCAUUUGGCCCACACAGUCUGAUUCUAGGCGGUGAAGUCGACGGUCUGCUCGCUCCCAAACCAUCAGAUCCAGAAACACCCAUUCAAUGGGUGGAGCUCAAAACAUCUGAAGAACUGCCCCCUCCACACCAGCAACAACACCGCGACAUUAUGAAAUUCGAGCGCAAACUCCUCAAAUUCUGGGCUCAAUCCUUCCUCCUCGGCGUCCCGAAGAUCAUCGUUGGGUUUAGGAGUAAAAGUGGCAUUUUACGCAGUCUGCAGACGUUUAAUACGCACGAGAUCCCGGGUAUGGUUAGGAGAGGGACGGGCGUCUGGGACGGGAAUGUGUGUAUUAAUUUCGCGACGGAUUUUCUAGGGUGGUUGAAGGAGACGAUAAAGGAUGAGGGUGUGUACAGCGUUGUCUUGCGGAAGAAAAGCGGCAUAGUCGAAGUUAAGAAAGUCAAGGAGGGAACAGGCCGAAUUCUGAGUGAGGAGUUCCUUAAUUGGAGGAAGCAGACGGACACGAAGGAAAAUGCAGAUGAGCCUACAUCGAACGAGGCGAAUGCAUGA